GAGCGAGCAGAUGGCAGGAGUCAGAUAAAAAGGUGUUGUUGCGAGGAGGAGCGACUAUUUGAGACGGAGAAAAGGAGCACAUGCUGCCGCGCAUCGGGACCAUGCAGACCACCUCCAGGAUGCUCAGCGGCGCGCUCCUGUGCGCGCUGCUGCUGCUCUCCAGCCCCGCUGGAGCCCAAGAUUUGGACACCGAGUCCGAAGAGGAGCUGAGCCCCAGAGCCCUGCGGGACUUCUACCCAAAAGGUCCGAACCUGACCAGCGAGAAGCAGCUGCUCGGAGCUCUCCACGAAGUUCUGGAAAAGCUGCAGGCUAAACGGCUGCCUUUAUGGGAAAAGAAAUUUGGCCAGGUCCCAACGUGUGACAUCGGGGAGCAGUGCGCCGUGAGGAAAGGCGCUCGGAUCGGCAAGAUGUGCGACUGUCCCCGGGGAGCUUUCUGCAACUUUUUCCUGCUGAAGUGCUUAUGAGCCUCGCCGGAUCUGAAUGUAGCGUUGAGAUGGGGAGUUAAAGAAAAAAAAAACUGUCACUCGAUUCCUUUGUAAUUACUGUCAUAUUUUUUUAUGAUACAGCUGAGGAGCAGGUGGGGUGACUGCCCAAAACCUACGAAAAAGAGUUGGAUAUAUUUUAAAAGUAGGCUAUAUUAUAUCACUAAACCACAAGGAUGUUACCGUGAUGAUGAGGAUACCACAAAGAACCAUGACGUUAAAUAUUCAGAACCACUUUAAGUCCGUAGGAAAACCACAGGAUCAUAGUUGUGAUGUAACUCCCCAAUGCACAAUAAACUCACCUGCGGACCACAUACACACUGUAAGGUCAAUACAGCAAUAUUAUGGGAACAUAGGAUUCUUCAUCUGGGCAAAUCCAAACUAUACUGUCUUUUGAACUUGAACUAUUUUGUUUCAGAUGAAUGUUUGUGUAUCAAAUCAUGAAAAUAUUAUUAUGAAUAAACAUCAUUAUUGUUUUGUAAAGCA